ACAACAACAAAAAAUGAUCUGCUAUAUGGGAGUGGUGCACAUAGAAUAUAACAUGUUUUCAUAGCUUGUUCUUUACACAUGUGCCAAUUGUAGUUUUCUGUACAGCUGAGUGUUUUUGUUUUGAGUAUCUUAGUGUAGCUCGCCGCUGUUGGCUCGUUUUCUUUAACAUGUAAAUCAUGUUUUAUUACAUAGCUACAUUAUUUUGUAAAGGUUACUUGAUAUUUGGUCACAAACCUGUCACCGGGUUUUAGAUAUAGCCAAUUGUUGUUCCUGGUAUUAAUAAACCAGCCAUUUAAAAAAAAAAUGGUUAUGAGACCUGUGAUCUUAAAUUCAAGCCAGGAUCAACUCUCUUUGCAGCCAAACCUGUUUUGUUUCUACAUUUUACUCGUACAGAUAUAUUUUUUCUGAAUAAAAAUGUCUCAUCCAGAAGACAGUGGUAUAGAACUUGUUUUAGUCCAAGCCAAUAGUAUGGUGGAAUUAAAUGCAUGUUUUUUUUUCCUAAAUGCCGAUCCAUAGUGAAAAACUGCAUUGAUAUUUUUUUAUCAGCUAUUUAUUACAGUUUAAAUACAAAUUACUAAAUGUAAGGGAUUUCUUAGAUGAGCCAUGGGUUCCAUGUAAAGGGUUGAAUAGGUACUUUGUCAGGUUCACAGUUUUAAUCUGCAAUAUCAUGAAUUUAAUUUAAAUAAGAAAUUAAUCUCAUUGAGUUAAUGUUGAGCAUUUUUUCAUUUAAUUUGAUACAUUUGUCUCCAGAUUAUUUACAGACCGUAUGCAAACCAAUGAGCAAUGUAUAGUUUUUCUGUCAGGGCGGAAUUACAAACUGGGCAAAGCAUCCUGGAGCCUCUAAGAGUUCCAAGUUGACUUUGUGUCUUCUGGUUUUUGAUUAUCUUUGAAUCUAGAAUGUAUGAUACAUUAAACAUGGCAUCAACUGACAUGGUAAAUGGGGUCAGACUUUAUUUCCUAAUCUUUACAGUUUUAAAAAUGUAUGUGCCGAGUGGUGACAAUCAAUAACCCAGCAAUGAAAAACUAUUUUGUCCAUUUUUUUCCCACAUGUUUAUAAGGAAGAAGUCGUUUCAGAGCUGGCGUGCUAACACAGCCAUAAUGUUGAUUUACAAGUAUUUAAAUGUUUAUUUGAAUACUACUCUUACACUAGUACAUAGUAAAUGAAUUUGUUUCUUCUCACAAGUAUUGAUCAAAUUUUUUGAUUUGGGGAGAUGGGAUACGUGUAAGCAGCCAGUAUACUAUAAAAUGGAAAAAUGUAAUGGUCAGUUUAAUUGCAAUGAAAUAUAUACAUUGAAAUAAAACUGCUCACACCAGAAAACGUGUUAACACAAAACCCCUUAAAGGCGACUGAUAGAUAGUUUGGCUUUUCGAUUUAGCCUGUGGGAAAUGCAUUCAACAACCACUGUUACGACUCUUGAUUGUGUUCAGGAGCCUUCAAACGCGUCUCUCGACCAGCAGAUGUCGCUGUAGCGACGCGAAUCCCGGAUGCUUCCGGGUAGAAGCGCGCCAUUCGCAGAAGAAGAAGAAUCGGAGUCUUUCCUCUUGUUUUUUCGGUGUGGCUAAUUGGCACCUACUCGUUUCUCUACACCGGCAAGUUAGCGCGAUUUUUUGUUUGUAUUUUGCGGUUUCACAAAACGACAAUCGACAAGCUAAUUGCGGCUCGUUGCACGGAUAUAGCAGGCUGUCAAACCCGGCGACACAGAUCGAUGUGAAGCAAAGCAGCUCCAGAGGGGCUCCCCGCAAACGGGAGAACAAAGCCGGCCGGGCGAUGGAGAGAGGGAGACGCAGCAUCCUGGAAGACGGCCUCGGCAGAGACCUGAUGGACGCCGGACGCUUUUGCUUCAGCUGUGAGCAGAUCUUUGCAAACAGGAGAAGCCUCGAGGCACACAGCUGUUCCGCGGCGAGUCACAUCUGCUCCUGUGGAACGGAGUUCGUAGAGUACAGCCGCAUGCUGGAUCACAGCACUACACACGAACCAGGCCACCAAGUGCUCGAUCAUGGAACAAUAAAGAAGCGCAGAAUUGAGAAGCGCAUAGAAGAGGAGGAGCAGCUGAAUCGGCUACAGAGCGGCCAGGUUGUCUGGAAUGCGCCAUCGACCUAUUUGCCGGCGAAGCCGAGGUCUAAGCAGAUCUCUCAAGUGCCUCAACUGCAGCACUCUGUGUCACACACCUCUUUGCCCCCGAAUCCCCACGAAAAAGAUGUGGCGAAUAUUUUUGCGGGUGUAGGUUCGCCCACAGUGGAUCUCUGGACACUUUACCAGCCUGUUGUGCUGGUGCAAACAAUGCGCAAAUUCAACAAGACACAGCCUUACAUAUGCGCGAAAUGUGGGCAGUGUUUUACAACACGGUCUUCUCUCAUUUCUCACCACAGCUCCCAUGUGACGGAUAAAGUUGCUGGCUGUAUAGGAUGUGGGCUGCUGCUCUCCAGCAAAAAGUUAGUGCCUCGCUUUCAUGUUUGUAAAGCACCCAACACCCUGACUACCAAAUUCAGAAUCAUCACUGCAAAACCGCUCGGGUUGAAGAUGGCAAAUGUAGCCUGUGCAGACAGGAGUCCUGGUGUCUCAGAGCCGUGGCCCGGUUCCUAUAUGCAGUUCAAAAGCCAGAAUCCCAGCGCAGCCAGUAAAGGCAGUCGGUCCCCACUAAUUCCUUCCACCCUGCAGUUGGAAAAUCAGAAAAUGAGUACAUACAAUAGAAACAAGCACAGGCUUAAUGUGUUACAUUCCAUGCAGGGAAGGCGCCAGAAACCUGACUCAUCAAAGUCUUACAUCACGGCCCCCCUUCCAUCGAUGAGUCGUAGUCCACAUCCCAGUACGUUCAAUAGAAGCAGUAAUGGGUUUGCUCCCUCCGCCCAGUUUAGGAGGCCCACACAGUCUGCAUCAGGUAUACCUAGCAAACUGAUGCAGACAUCCUCUGCAUCAAGUGGCUUCCCAUGUCGAGUUUGUCAUCUGCUUUUUGAAACCGCUCAGCUGCUGCAAAGGCACAAAUGUGCCAAGGCCCAUGAGUUUAUGGCAAAGCAGGUGCGAGGUGCAAAAGGGCAUUACAGACUAAAGGGAGUGACUGGUCCCAGUGCAGCUAACGUGAAGCUUGGGGUUCCAGUUUCUGGUAAUUUCAAGAAAACCAAAGUGAUGGCUGCCGGUCUGGACAAAGUGCAAGGGGCGGGUUCUCUGAACGGGAAAACAGGAGGGAAUAUGGACGACGAUUGUUACAUAGUUGAAAGCGGGCCAGACAAAUCUGCUGAGAUGAUCUACCAAGUAACUUCAUCGGUCCCCAUUAAGACUUGACACAACUGGGGAAGCCAAUCUAAUUUGCAGGUCAAAUAUUUUGCCCAUCGUGGACCAAGGGCAUAAAGUCCAUCGUGUUUGAAGAGCAUCUACAUAUUUAGCAUCAAUGUACAGGAACACAAGGCUUUCUGGCUGUGUCCAAUCUUUGGAAGAAAACUUAGUAUAGGAUUACUUGUGGCAACAAACAUGCAUCUUAAUUAAGCUGGAUUUAUUUUGUCAGUUUUGUAAACGGUUCAAUAAUGGUGCCCCUGAAAUUGUUGUAGAAAAAUAUAAAUCUGUGAAGUUAAUCAACAGGUCAUGUGCCUGAUUUACCCAUAUUUGGUGGGAUAGUCAAGCACAGUAUUUUAUUUUUUUAUAUGUAUGUUUUUGUUAGGCUCACAAAUGUGUUUUGAGGCUGUUGGAAUUGACAGCUACGACUUUUCGUCUUUUUGUCGGACUUCACGAAUGCAGUAUAAUGUUGUAUUAAACCAUAUUUUCAAUUUGAUUGGGUGUGUGUUUAUGGGAUAAUGCAAGUUAUUAAAGUGAGUGCUUUUUAUUUGUUGUUACUUGAAGUGCAAAUACUUCACUUGUAUUUCACAGGUUUAUAUAAAAUGCUUGAACAGUACAUUGGCAGUAAGAAUAUGCAUCGCUGUAAAAGAAUUGAUAAUCUAGAAUCCUAAAAUAUAUCUUUUGAUGCCUUAUUUCUAACAUGAUUAUGGCAUCUCUAUUCUUUACUGUGGAAACUACAUAUCCAUAGUUGCCUGUUGCAUAGUUGUCAUCUGUCUUAAGGCCCCAAGUUCCAGCAGAGGGCCCGCUCUCUUACAUACAUGCAUGGGGCCAUUUCAAAUCAAGAACCAGGCCCUGUGUUCAUAUCCUUUCAUGAUGAGGUAAAUAUCUCGAAACGCUGCGGCAUUCAAGGACAGUUUGAUUAUAAACUCGAAUCCCAUUGUGUGGAUGAUGUUCACCGAAGUUGCACCGAACUCUGAGAUGCGAUAGUUUAUCUACAAACAAAACAUUGCGCUGUGCAUACGGGUUUUACUUUCAAGUCAACUUAAACGUAAGCGUUUGACAUUUAGCGCCGUGUUUCGGUAGUUAAUUCUGCUGAACAAAUCACAGUUCCCAAGUUUCCCACAUCACCUGAAGCACCCAUUCCUGCGCUCGCCUUGAGUGACGCCUUCUGGUUGCUUUGUGUUCGGAUAUCGAGUGGCUCGCUGCAGCAACGUUCUAAAGAAGAGAACGCGGGGUCCGAACCUGCGGAUCCGCUCCCACAACAAUUCGCGAACUGCCAAAGUGUGUGGAUGAAGUGCCAAACAUCCACGCGCCGACAGCGCGUAUGUUAGCUUUGAGCUAACAGAUGCUAGCAGAUCGAUCAGCGGCUACGCAGAGACACCCUCGGUUCUCCUCAGGCAAGCGAUUUGCACCGAGGACCAGCCUGUGCUUGAAUUGCGGAUUGGUCAGUGUGGCAUGAAACGACUUCCCUCGCCUGGAGGAGAUUUGGAGGACGCGCUUUAUUCGCUUCCAACACUUGCAAUGCAGCCGUCCUCUGCGAGGUCAUAGCGAGGAAGCGAAGCAUGGGGUGUGUUCGAGCCAACGACAAUACGAGACGCUUGACAUGGGGAGUAAAAUGUCCUUCAGCAGAGCAAGCGGUGACCAAAGUACAGUCUCUGAUUUAACGUCUGUGGCAUCGCGUCCUCGCAACUCUAUUCACGCGCCGUCGGACUGCAAGCAGACACCCGGACACAAGAGCGGCCGUGAGGAAGACGUGGACUCUAAGCGCGGCGGGGAAAUGAAAGCAGCAGCGCUGAUUCAACCCGCGCCUGAAUCCCACUCAUCGGGGCGCGUGGAGCCGGACGGCCGAGCCGACUCUCGGACAGCAGGCGGAGAAGACUGUCAGCGCGGGGAGCACGCGCCUCUACAGGCAGGGAUGGAGGGAAAGUCUCAACCGCCUGCGAUCGUGUGCAGCUCGACUACGGACAAUCACGGACACCCUGUAGACGUCCGCAGGAAGCCCGGCCGCCCGCGCAAAAUCAAAGCGCCCCUGACUGAAGGCAAAAACAAUCUGUCUUUGGCUGUUCAUGAUGCAGUUCAACAUAAAGAGAUCAGCACAACAAUUCCUUUACCAAGAGACGGCCCCGUAACCAAUAGUUCACCUCACAACGAGAUGCCCGGUCUUCCUGUUGUUGCUGAUGGGAAGGGACAAGAUGGUGUCCCUGUGCUGACAAAGAGAAAAAGAGGCAGACCAAGAAAAAAGGCAACGGUAGUAGUUGAAACGAUGGUUGUUAAGGCUGCUGCUGCUGCUGCUGCUGCUGCUGCCGAGGCUCCUCCGGCUGCUUCGGUGAAUAAUGCUACAGGUCCUGCGGGGCGGCUGAGGAGUAGAGGUGAACCGCAGGAAGAAACGCCUCAGAGAAAAAGAAAAGAAUCAGAACGCAGCGUAGACGCCAAGCCAACUGAGGUGACAGAACAAAGUAAUACAUUGAUCCUUCAAGGUAUUAAAAGAAGGAGAUCUAAACUGGCUGAUCAGCCAGUUCCAGCUAAGGUGUGCCGGCUGGAAGUUUCCCCGAAGACCUCGUCAAUGUUGAUCAUCAACACCAGGUGUGGGGAGAGAGCGAGGACCGAUAAGAAGCAGCCGGAAGAAAACGCUCCCGAGCGAGAGACCGACUUAGAUGGAAAGACCGGUCACCUCCGCCGGCAAGGAGGGCAAAAGCAGCGCACGGAACUGCAGGAAGGCGCAUUACCGCAGGGAGGUUCGCAGCCAGCGGAGCCUAAAGUCAUUUCUUUAAACAGCCCGACUCCUUGUGAUGACCCUCUGAACAUUAAACAGCCGGCCGAAAUGAAGGGCAGCGAGGAGUCCCAAUCGAAAAGCAGCCUCGGGUCCUCAAAAGGUCCGCAGAGCUCCGAGUCCUCCAGCGCAGACGUCGUAACGUCCCGUAAACAAGCAGCUAAAUCGUUUGCAGUCCCACCUGCUGUGAAAGCUGAGAGUAUUCAGAUCGAGUUGGAUCAUUUAAAUCCUUCGUCAGAGUCGCGUGGGCCUAAAUCUUUGCGUUGCAACACCACAGUUGAAGCUCAAGGUCCAAACAGGGCUUUCCGGCGCAAGAGAGGCGGCAAGAGGAGGAGGAGGAUAAGGAGCGUUGUGUUGCAGAGCGAGCAGCCUGUAGAGGCUCGUGAAAGCAGCGAGGACACUCUGCAAAAUACAGACUAUGGUGACGAGUACAAGGAGGCCGACUCUGAUGUCAACUAUGUAAAAAGGGGGGGGAAAUCUCUUUUAAAAUGUGGUUACUGUGGUCAAACGUUUAAAUUUCUAUCUCAGUUCAUCAUACACCAACGCGUCCAUACAGGAGAACGACCUUUCAAAUGCCCUGAGUGUGACAAAGGUUUCAGCAAAAACUCUAACUUAAAUCUUCAUCUCAAGACACACAAAAAGAGCAAAAUAUAUCAGAAAUGUCCAUUUUGCAAGAUCAAAUUCUCUUGCUCCGAGUAUUCCUCUCAUAUGAAAAUGCAUGCUCAAAUGCUGGACCGGGACACUGAGAACAACGCAACCAACAAACAUAGCGCGAGGAAGGACUAUAAAGACAGCGAGGGACUUCAUAGACCCGUUUCACUGGAAAAGAGGGAAAACAAAGUGUGCCAAUAUUGCGGUAAAACAUUCCUGUUUCAGUCGGCCCUCAUAAGACACGUGCGCGUCCACACGGGAGAGAAGCCUUAUAAAUGUGACAUAUGUGGCAAAGCCUUCGGUCAGGCCUAUUUCCUCCGCGUUCACGAGCUGACACACUGGUCCGUGAAGCGCUACAACUGCACGCGCUGUGAGAAAGCGUUCACCCAUUACAGCAACGCUAAAAACCACCGGUGCAGACCUGUAAAGAGCAGCGAGGACUCGCCGCCCAGCCGGCGUCCGCGGCCCGCGCUGACGUACACGUGCCACAUCUGCAAGAAUGUCUUUGACCACCUGCAGGAGUUCAACGGCCACAUGAGAGCCCACACGGGGGCGAACCUUUACCGCUGCCUGUACUGUGACAAGCUGUUUGGCGUCCUGUCCGAAUUCGUUGCCCAUCGCGGCCGUUGCCGCGGAGAGAGCAGCGUCUCCAGCUCGGCAAAGGAGCAAGAGACGAUGUCGCUGGUACAGUACACGGUGCCGUCGCUGCGCUGUUUGUCGGGACCCAAUCCGGCAUCCUCGCCCCCGGGCGCGAAUUGUAGGGAAGCGCGGAAGACGGCGCCACAGGCCGCUCCCAAGAAACGCUCGGCCGCGUCCAAGAAGCCGUUCCAGUCGACGGCCAAGCGCCCGGCUCCCCUGGUGUCCAAGUUGAACAGGCUGGACAACCGCUCGGACCCCAAGAAGUAUCUCUGCCCGAGCUGCGGGCGCCUGUUCAGGCACAUGGGCAGACUCCGGGCCCACAUGCUCACGCAUGCCGCGGGUCAAAGUUACACGUGUGCCUGUUGCGGCAAGACCCUGGCGACCUGGAGGAAGCUGUGGCAUCACCAGAGAGUCCACCGACAGAGGCGCGGACGCUUCACCUGUCCUCAGUGCGGGCAAGGGUUUCGGUUCGUGCAUUCGUAUAAAAAGCACAUGAGCGAGCACCCCGAGGUCCAGUGGAUUGAGGUCCGGCCCAAGAAGGUGUUUCUGCCUUAUCAAUGUGAGCAGUGCAGGUGCAGCUUUAAGACUCUCGAUUUGCUCUUCACUCACCAGCUUUGCCAUCCCUCGACGCACAAGGACUCUGAUUUCGAUUUUUCCAUAGAUGAUCAUACAGAGACGUUGAUCCCGCCCACCAACAGCCACGCGGCCGCGUGGCAUUCGGAUCCUUUGGAAAACCGCAAUGGUUCUCUCGGCCCGUUACCCAAAUGUCCCGACGGAUCAACGCGAGAGUCUCCUCAAGCCCUCACAAUGCCCAUCGUCAAAGGCAGCGGCCCUGAUUUGGAUGAAAGUCCCACGCGUCCCAGCAGCACACAAUCGAUCCAAGAUGCAGAAGCCGGUCGUGAUAAAAUAGAUGAAAAUGCGUUCGGAAAAACAAUUCAUCCCUCGAGAACUGUGAAAAGACACAUUAGCCAAAAUGUCAGCAUAUCGAAUGAGGCGUCUGCAGCCGGUGUGACGUGCGCCGUGUGUGGGGAUGCAUAUGCUGUUAUUUCAGACCUUUAUCACCAUUAUUUGCAGCACGCUAGAGGCCAGUUGUGAUGAGCUAAGUGGAGAUACGUUCCCCUUUCGUGCUCACAGAACACAAAGGAUCGUGUACGGAAAUACAGAACUGCCGAUAUCGUCCGUUUACACCUGGUGAGGUUGUGGGAAAUGAAAUGCAUCAGAAAUCAUUUGGAAGAUUUGUUUACAGACAUUUAUUAAUCCUGUCAUGCCUGACAGAUUCUGAAUUAGGAACUUCUUUUUUUUUUUUUCAUUUAGUUUAUGUAAUUACAUUUCUGUCCAUCCACGUGUCAAAAAGAUGAAGAAGAAAGAAGUUUAGUGCAUUGACACCCUUGAAUGAUAAACUAUUUUUAAAUGGUUAAUUAUGGGAUAAUAUAAGAUUUGUUUGAUUGAAAAUGAAAUAACCGUAAAAAAACGUUGCCAUUUAACCUUCUGGCAUCUUCAUUGCGUAACAGCGAAAAGGACCUUGCGCGGGUUAGAGGGCCGGAUGCCGUGAAAAUUUAUUUUGUUUGGCAGACCUGGAAAAAAUAACUUUGAACUUCUUUUCUUGGUAUUUACGUUAUGACCAAUGGGAAUUUUGUUUUAAAUGUGUAUAUUUCAAAUCUUGCCUUUUUUGUCUUCUGCAAGUGAACGUGUCAUUCAUAAUGUUUAGGUGAUUGGUCUCAUCUCCAACAAGGACAUGCAUUUACAUCAUAAAAGCAAAUCUCUGCUCUACAUGAACUGCACGUGUUCAUCAAGACUUGCCCUAUUGUUGACGUGUUUUAUGAUGACAUUGAACGCCUUAUCAUCUUUAGAAAAAUGCCUUUUCAUGCUUCAACGUAAGCUUUGAUUUAGUUAUUGUCUUAAUACCAAUAAAGGCCAUUUUUGUAUUUA